CACAAAUCUCCUCUAUCCACAUCUCUCUUACCAUGUCUCAAACGCGAUCCCUCAAUGUCGACUUCACCAGCUGGACCGGCAAGCACCUAGAAGUCACCGAGGGGCUGCCCAACCAGCGCACUCUCGUCUACGCCGCCGACCUCAACUUCCGCAAACCGCAUAUGAUCUUCCAGGCCAUCGGGAGCGCUCGACUGCCAGCCACCGUCAACUUUCACUCCUUCUCCCGGUCCAUCGAUGUCAGCGUCAACGGCCACCAGAUCGCCUUCAAGCCGCACGGGUCGCCCGCUCUCAACGGCCGGGUCCUCACCUGGAAGAACCCCAAGUAUAUGAAUCCCGCGUAUCUGGAGUGCCGCGAUGAGCACGGCGCCGUGGUCGCCACCUUCACCCCGAAUCGGGGCUGGACAAUGACCAAGGCGGGUCGCCUCGAGCUCGAUCUACGUUUACCGAGCGGUCCGGUCACCGAUGAAGUCGUGGUUACCGGGCUGGCGCUGGCCUACUAUAUCAUCGUCCAGACCAUCGCGGCGAGAGGCUCGUAA